AUGGCAAAGCCGCGCAAGCGCGGUUGGGUUGGAUUCAUGAAACAAGUGGCAGCGGCGGGGUGGCAUUGGCGAUCGAUGAGUCAUGAGUCGAUCGGUGAUGACCACGGUCCCAAUCUUAGUUCUGAGGAAGCGGUGCCGUUUGUCGAUUCUAAGGACACACGCGGAAUAACCGCUGAUCUGGCCACGUCAGAUGGACCUGUCGGCACCAUUGUUCCCUCGCAGUCAACACUUCUUCCGAGACCAUCCUCCUCGUCGAAUGUUCUAAUCACGCUAUUAGACGGCUCAAUAAGAGCCGUAGACUCGCGAACCGGCGAGGUGAAAUGGACCUUCGCGUCCGGUCAGCCGCUCGUCUCCGCCGCAGGUCCAGCGCAGGGAGCGGGGGCGGAAGGGGGGAUCGCGGAAGGGAGGCUGGCGGAAGGUGCAGGGAGGAGGGGAGCGGAAGAGAGUGAGCGGGGGGGGAGGGCUAGGCAUGGGACGGCGGAAAGAUGGGGCGGGGGAAAUGAGAUGGACUGGGACUAUGAGGAGGAUGAGGAUGAGGAGGAGGAUGGGGAGUGGGGAUGGGGGGGAGUGAGGAGCAGAAGGGAGAAUGGUGCGCGUGGCGGUGGGGGUGGCGGGAGUGGCGUUAGUGGGAAGAGUGACGGGAAGGGAGAGGUGGGAAAGGGAAGGGGGAGAGGGGGGGGAAAGGAGAUGGUUAUUCCGGGGGUGAAUGGGCGCCUGUACUCAUACCGAGAAGGGCUCGGCUUGCAGGAGCUACCCAUAACAGCCAAAGAGCUCGUGUCCGCCUCCCCUUCAGUCACCCGCGACGGCGCCACCGUGAUCGUUGGAUCACAGAAAUCAACGGCCUUCCUGCUCGACCCAGUCACAGGCGCCGUGCUGCGCUCUUUCGACCCGCUCGCUCCUCCGGGCGGCGGCUUGUCCUUUUCUGCGACUAGUAAUGAUGGGAACGAGCAGAUGGACGGCCCACUGGCGGAGUGCCUCAAGAUGGCAGAAGAGGAGAGCGGCGAAGUCGUGGGGAUAGAUGGAGGAGCUGGGUUCCUGGAAGGUUCUAGGAGCAGUGAAAGGGAGGGAGCAGAAGGCUUACCACAGCAGCAGCAGCAGCAGAAGAAGAAGAGGGAGUGUGAUCGCCUGCUUGCGUCGUCCCUGCUGGUGCUCCGAACCGACUAUGUGGUUCGGGCGGUGGAGCUCAGGUCCGGCAAGCAGCGGUGGAACGUCAGCUUCGGCGAGCUGAGCCCCGUGAAUGGAGCUCUGCUGGGAUUAGCGGGAGGCGUGGGGGGAGGCGUGGGGGGCGGAGCACCGAUUGGGGGAGUCUUGGGGGGAGCGCUGGGGGCAGCAAGGGGAAGUGGAGGGGGGAGAUCAGGGAUUGAUCUCACAGGUAGAGGCGUCUUUGAUGGUCAUGGGGGGGGGAUAGAUAACGCUGCUGCUUCUUCUUUGGCAGUGGCUAAACGACAGCUCUUGCCAUCCAGCGUUUCUGGAGAAGAUACGGAGCCAGAUAUUGAUCUGGGUAUUGGGGUGGGGGGACAAGGUCAGGGAGAUAGGGACGAUGUCGGAGGUUCAGGGUUGGCAGGAUUCAACGCAGGGUUAACCGCUGCAGCUACCACGAGUAUAGACCCAUCAGAAGAGGGCAACUCUGACAUCUACUCAAUCCAGCUGACCAACUCGGAAACAGGGAAGAAGGCAUGGCAGACUACUUUUUCGUCUGCCCCGCUCGCAGCGUUCACGCCCUCGGGCAGGCUGGUGCAGGAAUUCGUGUCGCGCGAUUCGUCCAAGGACACGGGGCCCGGGCAGGUGCUGUAUGUGGGGCGCGUGGCAGGCAGCCCAUUCGCCCUCGUCACUCCCAGCGCCGCUGACGCACCCAACACUGCCCUCCCCCUCCUCCCAGCCUCGCCCCACUCCCCCUCUGACGGCCGGCAUGUGGGUAUGGCUGCAGGCUUGUCGGGUGGUGCAGGGAUGGGUGGUGGUGCGGUGGCGGGUAGGACAGGCAAAUUCACCGUGACUGAGCCGCCUAGGAUUGCAGGGACACGAGCCCUGCUGUGCAUGGGGGCGCUGACUUGGCGGGGGCUGAACAUGGAGUGCAAAGUCCCUGGAACGAUGACCGUCAGGGACGUUCAGGAAAUUCUGUGGGGUCGCGGCAUUGGCGCCAGUGACACUAACGGGGUUGCUAGUAACGCGGAUAUGGAGUUUGGUGGGGGCAGAGGGGAGAAGAACCGCCGUCUGGGUCCCCCUAAAGACAUGGAGCCUGCUGUGGGACCCCAGGCCCCGCCUACUCCGCCGAACCUCUUGUCCUCGUUCGGGAUCCUGGCUGCCGCAGCUGCGACCCUGGCUGGGAUAGUUGCCGGCGCUUCGGUAUUCUCUUACUCCUCCUCAGCCCCAACCUCCUCCUCCUCUGCUGCAGCCGCAUCGGGUCGCACCACUCCUGCAAGGAAGCAUCGGCAGGGUUCCUCCUCUCACCCUCCCAGGCAUGCGUCGCACAUGAACGGUGCGCCCAGUGGCAGGGGGACGUAUCGAGGAGGGGCUACUAACGAGGAUGGGCUGUCGUGGGUGGCACGGGGAUUGGUGGCGCUGCUGCCUGCUUCAUGGCGAGAUUGGGCGGUUGAGCACUUGGGUGGGGGUGGCAGUGGCAGUAGCAGUAGCAACAGGAAACGAGGCAAGCAGGGGGCUGGUCGGAGGAACAAGCUUUUGGAAGAAGCAGCAGGCGGUGAAGCAGUAGCAGGGGGAGGGGAAGGAGGGCCACAGGGUGAACAGCAGGACGACACGGCCAAUGGGAUCGUGCCAUCUGGACAUGACGGCUCAGGGGAUGCAGGCAGGGAGGAUUCGGGGCAGGGCGAAUCUGGGGGAGGGAGGCUGAGCAGAUUGCUGGGUAGUGUGGGGAAGCUGGGCAGUGGCAGCAGGCAGAACAGCGCAGGGAAACUGAUUACCCGGCGAGGCAGCCGCGACAACGAAGGGCAAGGAGAGGGGCCGGGCGCGGGUGUAGGUGGUGCUGAUACUGGCACAGCAGGCGAUGAGGAGAGCGAGGAGGACGGGGAGGAACGCGAGGAGGGGCGGUGGGUGGGGCGGCUGUUUGUCUCCAGGCGGGUGAUCGGCCACGGGAGUCACGGCACGCUGGUGCUGGAGGGGCGGCUGGAGGGGCGGCAGGUGGCCGUGAAGCGGCUGCUGUCGCAGUUCUACGAGCGUGCGAGGCAGGAGAUUUCUGCGCUGAUUGCCACGGAUGAGCACCCGAACGUGGUGCGGUGCUUUGCAAUGGAGGAGGAUGACUCGUUUGUGUAUGUGGCGCUGGAGCGGUGUGCGUUUAACCUCGCUGAUCUCGUGCUCGCGUGCCGGGCUAGCCUCGCUGCAGCUAUGGCACCACCUGCUGUCGGUGCUGCUGGUGCUGCAUCUGGUGGUGUCGACAUGGGGAUCAGCAAGAGGCUCGGCGACGGAGCAAGCUCGUUCGACACGAUGACAGCAGGUUCGGGCAGCAGUGGGUGGCAGGCACCGGAGCAGCUGGAGGACGGGUCUCGGCUGACGAAAGCGGUGGACAUGUUUUCGUUUGGGUGCCUGGUGUUCUUCUGUGUGAGCGGCGGCAGCCACCCGUUUGGCGAGUGGUUUGAGCGCGAUGCGAAUGUGGUGGCAGGGAGGGCGGAUCUGUUCCCCAUCGACCACGUGCCUGAGGCCCUGGACCUUGUUGCGGCAUUGCUGGACAGAGAUCCUGAAAAGAGGCCCCCGGCACACGCGGUGCAGAGGCACCCGUUCUUCUGGUCAGCAGAGCAGCGGCUGGCCUUCCUGCGAGACGCCAGUGACCGCGUGGAGGGGGAGGACCGCGAGGCCCACUCGCCUCUCCUCAAUGCCCUAGAGGCUGUAGCGCCAAGGGCCAUAGCUCGCAAGGGGGGGAUUAGUAAAGCGCCUGGGGAGAAGGGCGGUGGGUGGAACGAGCGUGUGGACGCGGCGCUGCUGGGGAAUCUGGGGAAGUACAGGCGGUAUAACUUUCACAGUGUGCGGGACCUGCUAAGGGUGAUUCGGAACAAGUGCAAUCAUUACCGGGAACUGCCGCCCGAGCUGCAGGAGCUCUUGGGUCCUCUUCCUGAUGGAUUUGAGAGCCGAGCACGCUGUCUAUCCAACGGUGCCACCGCAUUCAACGGCGUGCGACAAGCGAUCUUGAGAAAUUCUUCGUCCCUUCAGCGCGGUAGCCCCGCCUCGUCGUCUCUCCCCGUUUCCCGACGGGCGUCUCGAUCGCGAGUGGUCAUGGCGUCAGCGGCAACGACGAGCAGCGAGGAGCUGUCGGAGUUCGUGGCUCGCGACAACCGUCGCAUGCUGCACGUCGUCUACCGCGUGGGCGACCUGGACGCCGCUAUCAAGUUCUACACGGAGUGUCUGGGCAUGAAGCUGCUGAGGCAGCGCGACAUUCCCGAGGAGAAGUAUUCCAACGCCUUCCUCGGCUACGGACCUGAAACCUCCACCUUCGUUGUGGAGCUCACCUAUAAUUACGGGGUGGAUUCGUACGACAUUGGAGCGGGCUUUGGGCAUUUCGGCAUCGCUGUUGAGGAUGUGUACAAGACGGUGGAGCUGGUGAAAUCGCGGGGUGGCAAGGUGACGCGCGAGGCUGGCCCUGUGAAGGGCGGACAGAGCGUCAUCGCUUUCGUUGAGGACCCGGCUGGGUACAAGUGGGAGAUUAUCCAACGGCCACCUACUCCCGAGCCACUGUGCCAGGUUAUGCUGCGAGUGGGAGAUCUCGACAGAGCAAUCAAGUUCUACGAGAAGGCGUAUGGCAUGAAGCUGCUAAGGACAAGGGACAACCCACAGUACAAGUACACAAUCGCCAUGGUGGGGUAUGGGCCCGAGGCGGAGAGUGCAGUGGUGGAGCUCACAUACAACUAUGGGGUCGAGUCCUAUGAGAAGGGCAAUGCCUAUGCGCAG